AUGGGCAAUAAGCAUUUAUUUGUGUUGGUCCACGGUCUGUGGGGCAACUAUAAGCACAUGAAUUCGAUCAAGGAGGUUUUCAUUGAUACUUUCGAUGAUCCUGAUGUGGUUUUUUUCUCCCCCAAGCAAAGUGGAUACUUCAAAACGUUUGAUGGAAUUGAGAUUGUUGGCUAUAGAACUCUCCUUGAAAUUUGUCAGUUCAUCUUUAACUUCAAAGGUGGCAAAAUAACCAAAAUUAGUUUUGUGGGAUACUCCAUGGGUGGCUUGAUCUCGCGCUUCAUAAUUGGGAAGAUGUUUACGGAAUGUCACGAGCUCUUUCACAAUAUUGAGCCGAUGUUGUUCAUAACGUUUGCAACGCCUCAUUUAGGGGUACAAUUUUUUUUGCCUGAAACGCGGGGCAACCACCAGAAAAGACUAUUGAAUAAAGUGCUAUCGGUUCUCGGAACAACUAUUUUAGGAAGGAGCGGAAGACAGCUUUUUAUCAAAGACAAGCACUCGCAAUCAGGAAUAUUGGUUAGACUAAGCUCAGGUGAAUACCUGCAAGGUUUGGCCAAAUUCAAACAUCGGAUUUGUGUGGCAAAUGUAAAAAACGACCGUACUGUUGCGUUUUACACGUCGUUCAUCACUGACUGUGAUCCAUUUUUGGAAACAAACAACGAAAUACAUUACGAGUUUGAGAAACAACUCCCCGGCUCUGAUCUCUGUAUGGUUCCGCGGAUUGUGGAUAUGGACAAUUUGGAUCCUCAAACAUCAAGAAAGUCCAUCAAUGAUGGAAAAUUUUCGAGGCUGUUAUUGAUCGGGUUAAUUUGCUGUAUCAUUGUUUUCAUGCUUCCAUUGAUAUUUAUUGCUAAUGUGGGAGGGACAUGUUACAGCUACCUGGCAACAGUUCAUUUUCAAAAGUUGUUACAUGAGGGAGAAGGCCGCGUCUUAUUAAGACGUAAAUUAGGACUUCAAGACAAAAUUGCAGACACGAUUCGCGAUGCGACGGGCAUUUUGUCAAAUGAAGAAUACGGCAUACAAAAAGCGGACCAAGACCAAACCAUUUCCCAAGAGGUUAUCUCUUGGGACGAGUUUGUUGCAAAGUAUAGUAACAGCUGGAAGAAAAAGUCGAAGAGCCGUUUCACUACUUUGGAUUUUGAUCCAAAUAGAAAGCAUAUUUUAGACAACCUGAACAUGUUACCAUGGAUCAGGAUUCCACUGUAUAUCAAAGCAUUGAAUGCUCAUGAUGGUAUUGUGGCAAGGAAAGGGAUCGACAAGACGUCACCUUAUAAUCUUUCAGGUCUUCAGUUCGUCGCGCAAUUGGCCAAAUUUCUCAUUUCAAAAGAUUAA